GUUUACAAUGUUAAGUGGUAUACACAGUCAUCACACAACAUAACAGGGUGAUUUAGCUGGCAACAUUGAACAAGAAAAACACGACUGAAAGAAUACUAUAUUUCUGUUUGUUACAUUCAACAUUAUACGAUGGCUUUAACCUGCCUAACAAAAGAUAUACUAGUGGACAUAUGUAGUGAUUUAGAUAGCGAUGAUAUGGACAAUCUAAAGUUCCUAAUGAAAGACGUGGCAGGUCUGCAUAAGUUAAUGCCAGCAACCAUUGCAUUAGACUUGUUUAGUGCUAUUGAAAACAAUAAAACUGUUGCCUUACUUAAUGGGCGGUUUCUAGCAGAAUGUUUUGAGUUAAUGGGACGAACAGAUCUCGUCAGACGAAUUGGAUUGAACCCAACUCAAGUUGAAAAAGAGAUGGGCCAAACUAAUUAUAGUGUCAGACCUUUCAGAAUUUUACUUUACAAAAUAUCCGAAGAUUUGGCGUCUGAUGACGUAGAACUUUUAGCUUCCUUUUCUCUUCGUGUAUUUAAAUUAACGCGACAAGAGAAAGAAUCUAUCAAAUCAGCAUUCGACCUAUUUGUACUUCUAGAAAAAAGGGGGAUUAUUGAAGUAGCUCAUACAAGUCCAUUGAAGGAAAUGGUGAAAUCUCUCGAGAACAGAGGAGACUUGGUAGAUCUCGUUGAUGAGUAUCAAGUUAUAGUUCCUGACAAUUCAGGUCAUACAGGUAGCAGAACAAUUCCAGACUAUCCAGAUGGUGGCGUCAGUUUACAUUCGACCAGUCAUCUAGCACAAUCACGCCGACCACAAAAUAUUAACAUCGGUCCGUCAGUACCAUAUUAUGAAAUGACGUCAAAUCCUAGAGGAAUAUGUGUAAUAAUAAACAAUAAGAAAUUUAAAAAAAUGAAAGCGAGAGAAGGGACAGACGUCGAUCAAGUCAGACUAGAAGCAACGUUCAAAAAACUUGGAUUCACGGUUAGAGUUUUCAAAGAUUUGACCGUUAAAGAUAUGGCUGGUGUAAUGAAGGACAUUUCUAUCAUGGACCAUUCGAAAUUCAAUGCCCUUGUUGUGUGUGUACUGUCACAUGGUGGAGAAAAUUUCAUAUAUAGAAUGGACGAUAGAAAAGAAAAAACUGGUAACCGUCAGCGACUGGUUCAAGGAGAUGGUGAUCGCCCGAUACAAGGAAAUUUUGUGUACGGCGUAGAUGACAAACCUAUUCCGAUUCGAUAUCUAACAAUGUAUUUUCAAUCAUCAAAAUGUAAGACGUUAGCAAAUAAACCAAAGUUAUUCUUCAUUCAGGCUUGCCAGGGAGAAGACAUGCAAACUGGAGUGCUUUUAUCAUCUGAUUUUCAAAAAGAUGGCCCAUCCGUGGAUGAAUCCAUAGAUUUAGAUGUUGCCCCCGUGUCAGAAAAUGCAGAAGAGACAGACGCGGCCCCGCAUGCGUCAGAUAACCAGAAAGUGAUUCCCGAUGAAUCAGACUUUCUUCUUGGCUAUGCCACAGUAUUUGGUUACGUAUCCUACAGAAGUAGGUCACAGGGAUCUUUUUAUGUAAAGAGUCUUACAGAAAAUUUGGAUAAACAUGCUGACACGUUGGAUUUACAAGCGUUAAUGGUUAAAGUGAAUCACGAUGUCUCAGAGAAUAAUAUAGAAUUAGUGAAAGGAGAACAAGCAAAGAAACAAGUUCCAAUGACACAAAUAACACUGCGGAAACAACUCUUUUUCUCUCCAGAUAACCUGAAAUAAACAUCACUGUAACAGAUAUAUCUACCCUAGAUCACAUGUGUAAAUCUAUGAAUAAUAAUGAACUGAAGCCCUCGCAUUCUUUUCUCCUUUAUUAACGAACCUUGAACAAGGCUUGUCAUAUGGUACGUUUUUUUUGGUAAUGUUAUCCCGAUUCCCUCUUUUUUCCUUCUUUUUUUCCCAAAUCCCACUUUUUGAUCCCUUAUGUCCAACAUCCAAAAAGUGUAUCAUCCCUCUCCAUAGACAUUUGUUUAUUAUACAAGAUUGGUCUUUAACCACUUCAUCUUAUCUAAUAUGUAAUGUUUUUCGAAUGUGUGUCAUACCUACUUUUAUUCAAAUUAUAUAUAAACAAAAGAAUAUGAACACUAAAUAAAAUGCAUCGUAUAUUUGUUUUUAGAAAUAAAUGACACCGAAUUAAUUGCAAGAAUGGACCUUUCAAUUGACUGGUUAUUCUGAUAAUUGUAUAAUUCAAAAGUGAAACUAUGACAAAGACUGGUUCAAAUGACGAAACAUACACGUUUUUAUCUUGAUAUCUUAUUUAAACAAAAUAUUGCAUAUAUGUUUUUGUUACAAAAUGUUUGUUUAAAGUUGAAUAUUUAUCUCAAGUUUAUUUUUAAUUUUUGUGUUUUAUAGGGAAACACAUAUUAAAAAAGUACACAAAACACCACAAAGAAAACAAAGACGGACGUCCACCGUAGUAUUACGUAUUACUAAUAUAAUGUUUUUCAAAACAUAUCUUCAUAAUUAUGUUAUUUUAACAAAAUAUUGCAUUAAUGUUUUUGUUACAAAAUGUUUGUUAAAAGUUGAAUAUUUAUCUCAUGUUUAUUUUUAAUUUUUGUGUAUUAUAAGGAAACACAUAUUAAAAACAGCACAUAAACACAACAGAAACAAAGACUGGGCCCCACCGUGGUAUUACGUAUUACUAAUAUAAUGUUUUUUUUUAAACAUUUAAAACAAUGAAUAUAUUUGGUUAUGCCAAUAGUCGUUGAAUUCAAAGCAAUACCAAAGAAUAUUAUUAUUUGUCAAGAAGAUCGUAUCAACUUCAGUGCAUGGUAUUAUAUCAUGUGCUAGCCGUAGUGUUGAGUGUGGUAUACAACUAUGGUCAUGCCUUUGUGUUCUUCCUACAUACAGAAAACCCUUGCCAAAGUAGGGCGUCAUUUUGGCUAUGCGGGAUGUUUAAACAUGCAGAAAAGUCCGAUCAGAAUCGGAAACGUUAAGCAGAUGCCUCAUGAAGAAAGAGUGCCACACUCUUUGUAUGAUAAGAACCCAUUGCAACAAAUCUUUGAGGGGUCCGUAGGUGGCCAGUUGCAAGGCUAAAUUUCUGUACCUAUCCAAGAUGCCCAUUUCUCAGUGCUUUUCCCAAUUACCCAUCAAUCAUUCCUAUAGGCCCCUUAUUGCAAUACCUACCUAUGUCUUUAUUAUUAAUGUGUUCUCGUUCUGAAGAUCCACUGGACAUUGAAUAUACAAGCAAUCAAAUCAUAUAUUAUCAUUUUCCAAAAAGUUUUUUUUCAAUUUGUUCUACUGUUCUGGUGUUCAAUCAUUGCCUCCGAAAAUCACAGUAUUUUAAUAACUGUCAUAGCAGUAUCCAUGACUUUUAAAUCCAGGAUAUGAAUCUGUUUCCUUUUUGUAUUCUAGUUUUAUAACAUACGAAAAAUGGAAGCAAGCCAUCUAAUUCUUAAUUAUUUCAAGCGGUUUGCAUGAUGUGUUUACAAAAAUUUUCCGUAAGGUAUCAAAAAGAAUUAAAAAAACCUUUAAGGACAUUAGAUUUAA